AAAUAUUUGGAAAAUGCUCAAUUUUAAGAAAGUAUUGAGGAGGAGGAAGAAUCACUCUAUUAUGCAAGAAAUUGAUAGAAAGAAGAUGAUUCGGGAUAGCCAUCAAGCUAUAGCACUUCAUAAGUAAACAUUACUUUCACAAUAUUCUACAUCCUGAAUAGCUAAUUGAAGCUCCUUUUUAUCCGUUUUUGAAGAUCUGAUGAUGGUAUAGAAGCAGAACUCAUGAUUGUAAUCAAACAAGUCUUCACAGGACCAAAACUGCACAAGACUUUAAUAAUAGUUAUAAUGACAAUGACAUCGUUAAGAUGAAGAGAGCUGAUAUUUCUAAAUUACUCACUUUUAAGGAUAAAACUCGGAUUAGGAAGUUAUUUGCAAGGAGAGAGACAAGUUUCCAUCAAUAUGAUCCUUCUUUACUCAAGAAGGUUAGGAUUAAUAACCAGUAUCACAAUCAAAGUUCUGAGCAAUCUAUUUUAAUAAAGCCUAUUAACUGUCCGAUCCUGCACUCACUGAGCUUAAGAAAACAAGGUUGUAGGAACAUAACCAAAAUCCUGCAUGAUUCUUACAAGAAAAGCAAAGUUAAAUAAACUACUACAAAAAAUUCGUAACAUAGAAGGAAGUAGGUCUACCUUAAUCAAGACCAAGUCAACCUACCCCUACCAGAGUCUAUCCAAGUCCAAAAAGAUCAAGAUAUACCCAAUGUUCACCCCCAGGGUCACCAACAGCAGCUCGAUACACAAUAUGCACACAUAAAAUCCUCAACUAAUACCUAAACCCAC